CGACAGAAGAGCAGGCAGGGCGGGGGUGGGGCGCGUGGGUGACGGUGUGAUCACAUGAGCUGCGUUCAUGUGAUCACUUCAUGUGCUACCAGGAAUAAAUACUUCAGAAAAACGACUUCAGACGACAGACACCGCACGGCGAACCGGGGUAGCUGGAGCUGAAUAACUCAUCGAAUUAACACCAGCAACUGACAAUCAUCCGACAGGAUGUGGUGGACAUCCCUAUUUCUAUUGGCUGCCAGCUUCUCGGUGAGCCUGGCCAAGCCCCGCCUCCAUCCUCUGUCCAGUGAGAUGAUCAACUACAUCAAUAAAAUGAAUACCACCUGGCAGGCUGGUCACAACUUCCUAAAUGUUGACUACAGUUAUGUCCAGAAGCUCUGCGGCACAAUGCUGAAGGGACCUAAACUGCCCCUCAUGGUUCAGUAUGGUGGAGGCCUGAAGCUACCUAAAAAUUUUGAUGCCAGAGUGCAGUGGCCCAACUGUCCCACUCUAAAGGAGAUCAGAGACCAGGGUUCCUGUGGCUCCUGCUGGGCGUUUGGUGCUGCAGAGGCCAUCUCUGACCGUGUGUGCAUCCACAGCAAUGGGAAAGUCAGUGUGGAUGUCUCUGCUGAGGAUCUCCUUUCCUGCUGUGACAGCUGUGGAAUGGGAUGCAACGGUGGUUACCCCACAGCUGCUUGGGACUUCUGGACCAAAGAGGGACUCGUCACUGGAGGUCUCUACAACUCCCACAUCGGUUGCAGGCCCUACACCAUUGCCCCCUGUGAGCACCAUGUGAACGGCAGCAGACCCCCCUGCACCGGAGAGGGCGGUGACACGCCUGAAUGUGUCAACACAUGUGAACCUGGAUACACACCUAGCUACAAGAAGGACAAACAUUAUGGUAAAACCGCUUACAGCGUGCCAUCAGAAGAGACGGAGAUUCAGUCUGAGAUAUACAAGAACGGUCCUGUAGAGGGAGCAUUCACAGUCUUUGAGGACUUUCUUCUGUACAAGUCUGGUGUGUAUCAGCAUGUGACUGGUUCUGCUUUGGGUGGACAUGCCAUCAAGGUCUUGGGCUGGGGGGAGGAGAACGGUGUCCCCUACUGGCUUUGUGCAAACUCCUGGAACACUGACUGGGGUGACAAUGGUUUUUUCAAAAUCCUGCGUGGAUCAGAUCACUGUGGUAUUGAAUCGGAGAUGGUUGGUGGAAUGCCCAAAUAAACUAAAGGUUUGAAGGGAAUCACCACUAGAGGGCAACACACACCACUCAACUACAACACAUUUUUUUUAAGUUUUUUUUUUAAAGUCAUAUCAAACUAUGUAUGUAUAUACAGCAUUACACAUACUAAGAAACUUAAGCAACUUUCACUGUUGGUGGAUUUGAGAACAUUAAUUGUGUGUUUGCUUGGCCAGUUUAGAGCAAUGCAGAACAUGAUCUAAUUAGGUUUUUUUUUAACUAUCCAGAUGAGUAAAGGUAUGUCUUGUUUUGAAUGUACUUGUUUUGUAGUGAUUGGCUCACGUUUGAUCCUGUUUUGUUUUUUUUUAUGCUGAUGUCUGGAUGUACUGUCUACAAUAAGUGCCUAAUGGGGGGUUUUUAAACUUUGAUCAGAGAACUUAAAUAUGAACAAUGAGAUGGUGUUUGUUUUGAUCAUACUGUUGGUACAGUGCUAAAUUUCAAUUAAAUGAAUGAAUGAGAUGUUUGACAACA